AUGGCAUCAAAUUCAACGAAUUGUUCUCGUAGUCUCUCAUUAUUGAGUGAUUCAACGCUAGAUGAUAGUGGCAAAAUUUCACGAAAAUGGCGAGAAUCACUUCCUUCUCCUGUGAUUCCCAAAGCCGACUUAAGCAUUUGGACAAUUCUGCGACAGUUCGUUGGAAAGGAUUUGACACGUAUUACCAUUCCAGUCAUUUUCAAUGAACCAUUAAGUUUCUUACAAAGAUUAGCUGAAUACAUGGAAUAUUUUGAACUGCUAGAAAAAGCUGAAAAUUGCGAUGAUGAAGUCGAACGAUUUGAACUAGUUAUUGCAUUUAUUAUAUCCUCUUUAUCGAGCAAUUAUUUGCGGUUCGCGAAGCCAUUCAACCCAUUGUUAUUUGAAACCUUUGAAUUAGAUCGAUCAAAUGAAGAAGGUUAUCGCUUCGUAGCUGAGCAAGUUAGCCAUCAUCCACCUAUUUCCGCUUUCCAUGCGCAAUUUCGUUUUGGAGAAUUUUUUGGCACAGUGUCUCCACGUGUAAAGUUCUGGGGCAUUUCAAUUGAAAUUUUGCCUUGUGCUAAAAGGAAAGAAAUUUACACAUGGGAUGCGGUCAACAUAUCAGUGCAUAAUAUUAUCAUGGGAGAAAUGUAUAUGAAGUUGAAUGGUCAAAUUAAUGUUCGAUGUGGACUGGAUAAGGAAUGUAAAAUCAUACUGAAAAACAACUAUAGAGAACGAGGAAUACAAAAUGGUUUUUUUGAAGGAUCACUUUGCAUAUCUGGCAAAAUCGUUCGAUCCCUAUACGGUAAUUGGAUAAAUUUUUUUGCUACGUGUCAUCCGAAAGAUUUCGACAAAAUUUAUCAAUCGUGGUUAAACGUAUAUCGGUCGUGCAUUAAUACAUCAGAUGAGGAAAAAUUGCCGCUCAUUAAGAAUUCUAAAUUAUUAUGGAGGUGCGCGCCACGCCCAUUGAAUUCAGCUAAUAUGUAUAAUUUCACGUCCUUCUCUCUGCUUUUGAAUGAUCCAGAUUAUAUUAAUGAUUUUCUUCCACGAACUGAUUCGCGAUUACGGCCUGAUAUACGUCGAUUGGAACAGGGGGAAAUGGAUGAGGCAGCUAAUCAGAAAGGUAUUUUGGAAGUAAAGCAGCGCGAAGCUCGAGUAUUUUCUCAAAAAAAUGGUAUUAUCAAACAACCAAGGUGGUUCAAUGAAAGUAAAGCGGCGAAUGGACCUUCUUGGAUUUUUAAUGGAAAGUAUUGGGAUCGCAGUUUUGAAGAUUGUGAAGAUAUUUAUUGA